AUGUCAAGGGCAGCUGGGACCCUCUUUGCUAUACCAGUUGGCUUCUUCCCGGAGGAGGUCCUGUCUGGAGGCUCGGAGGCAGCGUCGGGGGACUUUGUAGGCCCUUCGACUGUGGUCACUGUUCCUCUGGUGUUCGAAGAGGAGGACGGUACGGAGUCUCAGACUGGGUUGGAGGCGGAAGUUUUGUUGGUCGAUCUUCACAAGAUGGUGAUGGACUUUGUCAGGGGUUUCGACCCAGUCACAGAGGGGCCUGGGAUCCAAGCCUUCUCUAUAGACAACCCCGACCUGGUUCCCGACGGAAACUCCCUCAUGAAGGAGGUCUACUCGUGGUUGGAGUCGGCUACAGAGGGAAGAGCCCAAUACUACUCUGCAGAGGAGCCCCCGCCGCAAGCUGUGAUUCCCAAACAAUCUCGGCAGAAGAACAGGGCUCCAUUUGGUGGGGGUUCCCCGCCGAAGAGAGUGACUACGGCGACGUUGGCCGAGCAACUAGCAGAGCUUUCCAAGAGUAUCCAUGCUACAUCGUCCCAAUUGGAGACUAUGGCACAGCGGCAAGACCGGAUGGAGAACCUGCUCGCAUCCCCUGCAGCUCCUGCCCAGCUCCCGGUUCCAGCGCGCCAGCGCCCUUUCCAGACGGCCCUUUCGACCCUGGUGGCACACUUGGUAAACCAGGAUGGUUUGGCAGAUUUCCCUGGGACUGGCAGUUCAUCAGCCAUCUCCCUGAAGGGGUCGGCCAAGAGAGACAAGUUGAUGAUGGACCUGGCUAUGAGGAAAGGCGAUUUCUUCCUGAAAGUGUCUCAGAACGCCUUCCGUCGCCUGAAGCCUACGGAGAAGAUGCCAAGGACUCUGGAGGAAUUUGCUGGCAGACCGAUCUUUGCAAAGUAUGCGGAGAGGAGUGGCGGCUUCUCUGGCCAGAGAGAUUUUGGGCUGAUGAUGUGGCUUCUAUGUCAAAUAGGAGAUGCUAUGCUGAAUGGGGACAACAAGGGAGCCCAGGAGUUGCUUGCUCUGACCAUGGUGACGAUCGAGCAGGCGGCCCAAGACAAUGGCAAGUGGGAGGUUGCGUGGAUCCUUUCGCUCCAGGAGGAUCCUCCGCCUGGCCUCUUCAUGGCAAGGCCAGCCUCGACGAACCCGAGGCUCAGGGCAUUCUCUCCACUAUGCCCGCCAGAAUGGGCGGCAACUGCGUUGUCCUUUGUCAAGGAGGUGGAUAUCAUCAGCACUCGGCGCCAGGAGGCUCUUCCAUCGAAGAAGACUCAGAAGCAAGGGGAGGAGACCGACAAUCCCAAGAAGAAGCCGCAGAGGAGGUGUGGCUCCAGGCAGAGAAGGAGACUUAUGGUUGAUCGAGCCUUCCAUGUCUGCAUCAUGGCCUUGAACUUUUGGCACGCUGACUUCAAGCACAUUCCUGUGGAGUCAAUUGCCAAGGAGCCUUCACCAGCCCAAGCACAGGCACUGGUCAAUUUGAAGAGGAUGCUAAGGGCAUUCGGUAGCUCCUCGGAAGAGUUUUCUGUUCCAAAGAGCGGCCGUAGAUUGACAUCUUUGAUUGCGCUCCUCUCUGACCUUUCUGAGUUUGCUACAUGGAGAGGCAUUGGAGGCAGCGCCUACUCUCGAUCCUUCCCAGGAGCAUCAGACAUCAACAAGAAGGAGACCUACGUGCCUAGGAAUCUUUCGCGGGCGGAGGAGCUUCGUCCAUACCGUGCUCUUGACCCCGAUAGGCUGGUGCUGUCAGGGAAGGCCUCAUGGGACCCAGACAGGUUCCUUUCGGACAUGCUUUGGAUGGCUUUUCAAGAGCCAAAUUCACUUCUUUGGACGGCGUCGGAGAGAUCUUCGCUGGUGCCGGACUUAGCCAAAGAAUCAUAUGAAUCGGUGAAGGACCUUGCACUACUUUGGGACAUCAAUGGUCUGCUACAUCUGGAGGAGGCCAGGGAGGAGGAUGACCCUACACUUGCAAUGAGGUUCUUCAACUGCUACAAGAAUGAGACGACUGACCGCAUGAUUGGAGACCGGAGGUCAAGAAACUAUGUGGAAGGUCGCCUAGCCGGGGUUUCAUCCGGUUUACCGUCAGCUCAAUGCCUCUUUGACCUUGAAGUUGAGCUCCCAGUACAACGCAUUUCAAUAUGCGCCUCGGACAGAAAAGACUUCUACCACCAGCUUGGAGUUCCUGCUUCUCGGGCGAAGACAAAUCGACUCUAUCCUCCACUUCGCAUCUCCGACCUCAAGGGCACCAAAGCUUUCCAGGCAUGGGCCCUUAAGCGACUUGGAGGGAACCGCUAUGAUCGGGCUCUGGAAGGGGAUUUCCUAGCCUUUGGAGGAAAGAAGCUCAAGAAGGCAGUUGAGGGAGGACUGGUCAACGCUUGUCUCCUGACUGCUGAAUCAGAGCUCAGAGCGGACUGCCCCUUCUAUGGCUCGAACCUUGCCACGGGCCUUGUCAUUGAUGACUACUAUGCGGUCUCGGUUGAGGAGAGCAGCUGCCCUAAGUGGGAUCCUAGCCAAGCAUGGACUGGAGGGUCACAGGCGGCACAAUUGCUUCAGAAGGCGACCGCUGCGUACGAGAAGGCUGGACUUCUGGGAUCUCCUGCCAAGGACAUUCUUGAUGAACAAAAAAAGGCCUGCAUCAUGGGCGCUGAGAUUGAUGGUAGCCAGGUUGCUCGAGAGAAUGGGGUGGUCACUGUCGGUGCUCCUGUUCACAAGCGUCUUGCUCUUGCCUAUGUUUCUCUUACCUUGGCGAAGAUGAGGUACACUACUGAUGCUCUCCACGCUUGUUUGGUGGGUGGAUGGGUGAAUGCCGUGCUAUACAGGAGACCGGCAAUGUCACUUCUUCAGGAGGUCUACAAGAUCCCACUGUCGGAAGUGUCUCAGGACUCGCCGAAGGUGACCCGGUUGUCAAGAGGAAUGGCGCAGGAGCUCAUCAUGUUGUCCGUGCUCUGCCCUUUCUUCGCUACUGACAUUUCCACACAUAUUCAGGAGCGGUGCUAUGCCACUGACUCGUCAGACGCGAAGGGAGCUGUGGUCUCAUGUGAGGCGCCUUUGAAUGUUGCUAGGGCCAUGGUGCGUACUGGCAGGAAGAAGACGACCUACACGAGGAUGCUGGCAAGGCAUGAAGCUGUUCUCAAAAAGAUUGAUGCUGAUUUUGAGGAGACCUACGUAUCGAGUGAGGAGUUCGCAGAGGACUCCUUCAUUGCUCCCGACCGACCAAGGGCCUUUCGCUUUCACUUCAUUGAGGUUUGUGGAGGUUCUGGAAAGGUCACGAAAUACGUUGACGAACUUGGCUGGGUAGUUGGACCUGUGCUGGACCUUGAUCGAUCUCCAGCUUACGAUUUUUCAGCUCUGCGCUUGCUUCAAUGGAUUUACUUCAUGGUGGAGGAUGGCAGGUCGUUAGCUCUUCUACAGCUCGCCGCCGACUUGAACACCCCUGGAACGUUCAUCGAUGAAGAGACCGGCUUGCAGGAGUUGCUGGCGCUGUCAAAGACGAAUGGACUUCGAAGGUUUGCUGCCAACUGGCUUCGAUUGGUCUUGCUUCUGAUCGGAGGAAUCCCUCCCUGGUUUGGCUCAUCAGAAAGCUGGCGCUAUGGGCAUGUUGCUUACAAACACUUUCCCUUUGGAAGCACUCGGCCUAUCCAUCCCCAGAUCAUGGACUUCGACAGCUCAAUGGGCUAUCCUGGCGAAGGACCUCCGGUCAUUCCCCAAUGCCUGGCAGUUGGGCUCGCAAGAGCAGCUGGAAGGGGAGACCUCGAGCUUCCCCAGGGGAGACCUGUCCUCCCUGAGACACAGAAGCAACGAGACAAGCUCCUUGGCUAUUUUUCAGACUGGCUUAGGGGCCAUGGAUUUGAGCUGGAAGAAAUUUUGAUGACAGCCACACCUGACCUCGAGACCUUGAACACGUUGGUUGAAAGAUACGGGCGUGAGCUCUACAGGUCAGGACGUCCAUAUGGACAUUAUUCCGAGACGCUCAAUGCGAUCUCGGGAAAGAGACCACGGGUGAGAAGACACCUUCAGCCCGCGUGGGACCUUGCCUACGCAUGGCUGCGCCAGGAACCGCCGGUUCACCAUCUGGCGCUUCCCUGGCAGGCGCUGCUGGCGCUCAUUACCACGUCAUGGACGUGGGGCUGGAGCAAAGUGACAGGCGUCAUCGCCCUUUCGUGGGGCGGUAUCACCCGCAUCGGAGAGGUGCUAUCAGCGUGCAGGCGGGAUCUAAUCCUCCCAGCUGAUGUUGAAUGGUCCAUCAACUAUGCCCUCCUGCAGAUCGCUGAACCCAAGACGCGAUAUAGAAGUGCAAGACAUCAAAUUGCACGGCUCGAUCAGCCGCAGCUUCUGAAGGUCAUCGAAGUGGCGUUUGGUGGCCUGUUACCUGAGCAGCGGUUGUGGCCCGCCUCGGGCCAAACAAUGAGGCAUCGGUUCCAAAAGCUCCUUCAAGCAAACAGGCUGGAUACUUUACCAGAGGGCAUCAGUCGAGGCAUCGACCUCGGAUCGCUUCGUGCAGGAGGGGCUUCUUGGCUGUUGAUGAGUUCGGAAAAUUCCGAGCUCACUAGAAGAAGGGGCAGAUGGAUCACCUCCAAGGUCAUGGAGGUGUAUGUUGAGGAGGCAUGGUCCGUGCAGUUUCUGCCCCGCCUACCGUCAGAAGUCAAGAAAUUGAUUUGGAAUGGUGCCCAGAUUUUUCCUUGGGCUCUGGAUCUUGUUGUGGCUUGGCACGGCGCCAAGAUCCCGGAGUCAGCAUGGCCUUGUUUGUUCCUCCAGGCCUCGAAAGACUUUGAGUUGAACCACCUGGGUGAGAAGAAGUUGGGUGGUGAAGCCGCUGCCGCGGCUGUGUGUGCAGCUCCAAAAGAACCGUGA